AUGGGCUCCCGCCACAACCGCAAGCGCACCCGCAGUCGCCCCCGGAACCGCCGCCCCAGCCGCUCCUCCUCCCUCGACUCCCUCGACUCCGUCUCCUUCGACCCCGUCCCCUCUCCCCCGCUCUCCCCCUUUGCCUUCGCCCACCGCCCCCCCACCCACUGGCACGCGCAAUACGCCGCCUGGCAGGCGCGCCUCCGCGUCGAGCAUGACCGCGAGACUGUCGAGCAUCCCCGCCAGCGUGCGGAGGUGGCGGCAUCGGCUGUCGUGGAUGCGCAGUGCGUGCGUGUGUUCGGAGGGCAGCUAGGGGAAGAGCGGAGUUUGUGUGAGCCGAUGCUGAGGGUGGUAAUGGGGUUGUUUGAUGGGUGUGUGGAUUACGAUGAUCCCUGA